AGAGAGACAUCAUCAGCCAUCAGUAGUGUGUCUGUCUUACUCCAUCUGCUUGAAUUUUAUCAGUCCUCCACAUCAAGGAUCGCUUCAAGAGUUGCUGACCAUCAUCGAUCCUCCAGUGUAGAUCCUCCACUUUGGAGAUACACCUCCUUUAUAGGUUCUAUUCAGUGUCACUCUGUCAGAAUCUUCCCAUCGUUCUGUUUGUGUGUGUGAUUUUUGCUGUACUUUGUAUUUAUUCUACCUGGACUCCAUGUGGACAGUGAAGCAUACUCUCUCUCCUGGAAGAUGGGCAAUGUGUCAAAAACAGCCCUGUUCAUGUCCACCAUCUCCAGACAGCACGACAUCCUUAUGGGAUCCCUUUAUUCAGUGUUUUGCGUGCUGUCGCUCCUGGGAAAUGGCAUGCUGUUGUUUGUGGCCUACCGUAAGAGGUCGUCUCUAAAGCCGGCAGAGUUUUUCGUGGUGAACCUGUCUGUGAGUGAUCUCGGGAUGACCCUGUCUCUGUUUCCUCUGGCCAUCCCAUCUGCUCUGGCACACAGGUGGUUGUUUGGGGAGAUAACAUGUCUGUGCUAUGCUGUGUGCGGAGUUUUAUUUGGCUUAUGCAGCCUAACAAACUUGACUGCUUUGUCGUCAGUAUGCUGCCUCAAAGUCUGCUUCCCAAAUUACGGUAACAAGUUCUCAUCCGGUCAUGCUUGUGUGAUGGUGAUUGGGGUUUGGUGCUACGCCUCCGUUUUUGCUGUGGGACCUUUGGCUCACUGGGGAAGUUUUGGACCAGAACCGUAUGGAACCGCCUGCUGCAUCAACUGGUACACGCCAUCCCACGAUGCCCUUGCCAUGUCAUAUAUCAUCAGUCUGUUUAUCUUUUGUUACGUCGUCCCCUGUACCAUCAUCAUCCUCUCUUACACCUUCAUCCUGGUCACAGUCAGAGGGUCUCAGCAAGCCGUUCAGCAGCACGUAUCACCACAAACCAAAGUGACCAACGCACACACUCUUAUUGUCAAGCUCUCAGUUGCUGUAUGUAUUGGCUUCCUCACGGCUUGGAGCCCGUAUGCCAUUGUUGCCAUGUGGGCUGCGUUCAGCGCCAAUGAGCAAGUCCCACCCACUGCCUUUGCACUGGCGGCUAUCAUGGCCAAAUCUUCCACCAUUUACAACCCUAUGGUGUACCUUCUCUUCAAACCCAACUUUCGCAAAUCACUGAGUCAGGACACUCAAAUGUUCCGCCACAGGAUUUGUUUGAGCCAUAGCAAGGCCAGUCCUUCUCCAGGAAUGAAAGACCAGCAGCGCCAGAGCUCUCAACAGUGCAACAAUAAAGAUGGCAGCAUCUCAACACCCUUUUCCAGCGGCCAGGCAGAGAGUUACGGGGCAUGUCAUGUCUAUGCAGAAGCUGGGCCAUAUUAUCAGCAAAUAAGUCGCCAAAUAACUGCACGUGUUCUGGAAGGAACUAUCCAAAGUGAAAUACCAGUGAGACAACUGACAGACAAAAUGCAAAAUGACCUCCUGUGAGAGAAACUGGAGAUAGAAGAAUGCCUGAAAUGUAAGAAAGGCAAGGAAUGAUGUAAUGUGUUAAAAACACAUCUGACCUUAAAUGGCCAAACAGAAGGACAGAGGACACCGAAAUAUGGAAAAUGUUGUCACUGGAUUCUCACCGGUCCUUUAAAAAUUCCUGAAAUUUCUCAAAUGCUUAAUGAACCAAAUCCAAAUGUAGAAUGCAUUUUUCUUAAGGCAAAUUAAGAAACUU